AUGAUGCAGCCAUGUUGUGACAAGCUAGGGGUAAAGAAAGGGCCGUGGACGGCGGAGGAAGACAAGAAAUUGAUCAACUUCAUAGUGAACAACGGCCACUGUUGCUGGAGGGCUUUGCCGAAGCUGGCCGGUCUCCGUCGUUGUGGGAAGAGCUGCCGUCUACGGUGGACAAAUUAUCUCCGACCUGACUUGAAGAGAGGUCUUCUCUCCGACGCUGAGGAAAAGCUUGUCAUCGACCUUCAUGCUCUUCUCGGCAACAGAUGGUCCAAGAUCGCUGCAAGAUUACCAGGAAGAACAGACAACGAAAUAAAAAAUCAUUGGAAUACUCAUAUCAAGAAGAAGCUCCUUAAAAUGGAAAUUGAUCCUACGACCCAUCAACCUUUAAACAAAGUAUCUACCGAAAAAGAAUCAUUUGAUAAAUCCCAAAAGUCAUCGAAAGCCGGCAAUGUAAGGAUAAGUGAUAAUAAAAGCAUAGAGAAUGAUGGGACAACGACAAAUUCCAUAGAUGAAAGUAGCACAAUCACUAAUCAACAUAGUUCAACAGCUGAAUAUGAGUUGCUCGGUGAUAUUAUUUAUAAAGAUGAAGAUUUGCUUAGCAUUCUAUGGACCGACGAUGAACUUCCUCUAGUUGAUGCAUCAUGGAGCAAUAAUAAUGCCGGUGUUGGUGGAGCAGCCGCAUCCGCAGACAAGAACGAUAUUUCCGUGGGGGAGAUUUUUCCGACAUGGCAAUCAGAAGAAAAGAUUGGUGAAAGUUGGAUGUUUUUGGAUUAUUGCCAAGACUUUGGUGUUCAAGAUUUUGGGUUCGACUGA